CAGUGUAAUAGGGCUUCCCAUCCCACCCGUGGCCUCGAGAUCCUCUUCGGCUGCGUUGUCCGUGGUCGCGAGGAGACCACCAAGCUCGAGGGAGAUCAUCGAUACAAGAAGCUCUCGUCAAUGACGCUCGGUGGUUCCGGUGGAUCUGGCGUCGUCGUUCCUAGGAACUUCAGAUUGCUUGAAGAGCUCGAACGAGGAGAGAAGGGCAUAGGAGAUGGGACUGUAAGCUAUGGCAUGGAUGAUGGAGAUGACAUUUACAUGCGCUCAUGGACCGGAACAAUAAUCGGUCCCCAUAAUACGGUCCAUGAGGGUCGCAUCUAUCAGCUGAAGUUGUUCUGUGACAAGGACUAUCCAGAUAAACCACCCAGCGUCCGAUUCCACUCGCGCAUCAACAUGACCUGUGUCGAUCCUGAUUCAGGAGUGGUAGAUCCAAAAAAAUUUUUAGUUCUGGGGAACUGGCAACGUGAUUACACAAUGGAGUAUAUUCUAACACAUCUUAAGAAAGAAAUGGCGGCAUCAUAUAAUCGUAAAUUAGUUCAGCCUCCGGAGGGCACUUACUUCUAAGACAAUGAAUGGUUCUCACCAUUGCAUAUUUGGAUCGAAAUCAACUGGCAUGUAUCGUUUAAUCAAUGAACAUAAGUUUGUUUAUUUCAUGCUCAGUAUUGUAGUUUGCCUGGUUAUAUAUUUCCGUGUAGACUGUGCACUAAUGCUAAAGUGCAACCUUAUAUGUAUUGCCCAAGUCUCUUGUUUGCG